AUGUACGAGCCGUGCGUCCUGAACAAAGAGCUCCGGUUCUCGUGCGACGUCUGCGGGGACCUCCCGAUCGAGGGGAAGCGGUGGUGCUGCAACGUGUGCGAGGAUUUCGACGUCUGCGAUAGCUGUCACAGAGCGUCGCAAUCGAAGCGCGACCGCGGCGGCGCCGCCGCCGGCGCCGACGACGUCGGCGCGCACUCGAGCGACCAUCCGAUGCAAUCGUUCGACUCGGACGUCAGAUACGAACCCGUCCACAGCGGCAACCUGAAAGACGUCAUGGCGAACGCGAUCGAGCGGUGGUUCAUCGACACGCUUCGAAACGCGAAGAACGGGGACGUGAACCAGGCCGCGCUCCUCGCGGAGAUGCUCGCGACCGGGUACGGGUGCAACAAGGACGCGGAGGAGGCGAGGUAUUGGAAGCAGGUGGCGCGCAACGGCGGCGCGCGGAGGUUGGAGGGGGUGUACGACAGGUUGCCGUGA